CAAGUUGGGAAGUCAAAAAGAUGUGUACUCUAGGAGAACCAAAUGGUUUUGAUGACGUAGACGGCCUAGGAAACCCGAAUGGGUAUGAUGACGUGGAUGGUCUUAUUCCUCUUGUAAAGGCCAGAAGAUGCAUUUUUGUAAACAGCAGCAGAUUCAGAGAAAACAGUCCUCCGUCAACUGAUAUCACGGACAAUCCUCCAUCAACUGACGUCACGGACAAUCCUCCAUCAACUGACGUCCCAAACAGUCCGUACACCCCAAACGACAACAGUACGGAAAACAAAAUGAUAAAAUGUAUUCAGCGAAUUAACACUCGAACAAGUUCCGAGCUUGAUGAGACGCUGCUGGUAUCUGAAAUCGUUGUGAGGCACCAACGCCAGGACACUGUUGAUGGAGAUCCUUUAGGGGGAUUUCUUUGUUCUACCUCCCGGAAAGAUGGAACGAAUAUUCACGCAUUUUGUACCUUAGACGAGAAUGGUAUUCUUGCAAAAUCCCUUUAUGUGAAAGAAAAAGAUAUUCUUGUAAGUCUUAAUUCUGCACAACUGUUGGAAUCCCCAUCUCUUUGCCAUGAGGAAGUUCUGGAAUUAUUUAGGACUUUGCCAAUAGGAAAACCAAUCACUAUGGUAUUUUAUAACAGGAAAACAAAACUAUUUACAACAAUAGAAUUUGAACUUGAAGGAGUCAAACAAGGGGAAGCAAAAGAAGAUCUUAUGGUGAAGACAGAGUGUGUCAAACUGACAUCAGCGAGUCAGUUAUCCCCUAGUGUUGAAGCUCUGAGGAUUCCAAAUCAAUCAAAGUUCCUUCUUCUUGACAAAGGACGCCUUCUAUACAGUCCAGUCUCUAAUUUCUUAAAGGACUGUAGAUGUCAUUUCAUCGUCAGGAGAGUCCUGAAUGAAGAAACUUUUCGCCUUGAAUACAGAUAUCAAGCACAGAAAGAUAAAUCUAAGUAUCUUGGCAUGAAAGGAAACGCUCUUGAUUUAAUUGAUGGAUCGGACAAAGGAUUAACCCUGUUCCAAAAGGAGGAAAGAGGCGGCCUUGUACUUUUAAAACUCUCCGGACGAAAAAAUAUGAUUGUUUGUUACAAUGAGGACCGUGGUAUCUAUGAAGUUCUCCCUCAUGGUGUUGAUCUCAAACCAGAGCACAGAAUAAAUAUGGUGCGCACAAACUGCCCGGUGUGAAAAAUCAAACCUUCGGAUAUCCAUGAAAUUCUUUUGUAAUAUUCCGAAGAACAAGAAAUUUCAAUUGCAUUAUAUUGAAGUUACAUGUUUUUGAAAAAUAAUUAACUCUGUGUGAUAUCUUUUUAACUGUAGGUUCAAUUCAAUAUUGCUUUUAUUGAAACGUCCAUAAAUACUAAAUAGUACAAAAUGCAAUCUUUUUAAUCUGAAAGAAUAUGCUUAGAUCUCAGAAUAUUUUGAAAAUUCUUAAUGAUUGUACAAAGCAUUUCAAGUUUAAAUAUU